UCGCCCUCCCGUCGCUCUUCCUCUCGCCCCUGCCAUCACCCACCUCUGCGCCGUCACGCUCGUUUCGAAUAGCCCUCCCAUCCCUUCCCGCUGCUCUCGCUCUCUCCCAUCCCUUCCCGUCGCUCUCGCCCUCUCCCAUUCCUACCCGUCGAUCUCGCUCUCUCCCAUCCCUUCCCGUCGCUCUCACCUUCUCCCAUCCCCUCGCCAUCGCGCUCACGUUCCUCGUCUCCCGUACCAUUCGCGCUCGCACAUUCUCAUCCCGUCCCGUACCGUUCCUCCUCUCUCCCCAUCCAUCCCGUCAUUCCUCCUCACUAUCCUCCCAUCCCGUCGUUCUAUCUCUCUCCCUUCCCGUCCCGUCGUUCCUCCUCUCUCCCCUUCCCAUCCCGUCGUUCCCGCUCUCUCCCCUUCCCAUCCCAUCGUUCCGUCUCUCUCCCCUCCCAUUCCGUCGUUCCGCCCCUCUCCCCUUCCCAUCCCGUCGUUCCGUCUCCCUCCCCUCCCGUCCCGUCGUUCCGCCUCUCUCCCCUUCCUAUGCCGUCGUUUCGCCUCUCUCCCCUCCUAUCCCGUCGUUCCUCCUCUCUCCCCUUCCCAUCCCGUCGUUCCCGCUCUCUCCCCUUCCCAUCCCCGUCUCAAAAUUUGUGGGCCCGAAAUGUUAG